GUUCAAAAUCAAAUCCAAGUCGCGCAAAAGCCAAUAGUGUCUCAACAAGUUUCUUCUUCAACUUCCUCCGUUCAUCAACAAUCUGUUCAACAAGUGCCUCACAGCCACGGAACUAUUGCGGGGCUACCACAGGGCGUUACUGGUCCUACAGCCCCGUCGAGUUCCAACAUAGUGCCUUUGGUCGAGGUGAAGAAGGAGCUUGGGCUUGAGGAAGUUUUAACCGCUACUGGUACGACACCAACCAGUCACUUGCAAACUGAUACCAAAGAUUUUCUUACUGCCAAAGAGGAGCUCAUAGACAGCGCAAUAGACGAUAAAACUGAUCUCAAGAAGUUAAAGAGAAGACAGUACCAGCAGAAACGAAAACAGAGUCAGGGGAAAGAUGCUGUGACUGCACCUCAGAAAAAACGCUCUCGUAAAGUCUCACGUCUCGAUGAGGAUUACGAGACGUUUGUGGAAAACUUGAUGACGCAAUUACGGCAGCUACAACCAAUGGUGGUACUGGAGCCUCUGCUAGGUCGCAACUAUGGAGUGUGUCCAAUUUUUGGAUGUGGGGAUCUUGUCAAGAUUGGAAGUCAAAAGGAUUAUAACACGAGAAUUGGUGAUUUGAUUGGAAAUUACGGAUCAGCUAGUUUACCGGGAAUUUCCGAUCAUUAUAAUACGCAGCCUUUUGGAGAAUUGAAUCCUCUAUCACCUCAGCAACCUUCGACUACACAGAGAGGAUUCUAUGAGCAGGAAUUUCCGCCCUUGAAAUUGGAUGAUACUGAUGAUAAGAAGGAGACUAUGGCGACAAAUCGCGAUGUAGAUUCUCCUGAUACUAUCGUGAGUUCAUCCUCGCCUGAAUGUGUUAUACCAGAAUUUAUGCAUCAUUUUCCCGGAUUGCGAUUGAUCGAGGAAGAAUCCGAUGACGAGGCGGAUUGGCUAAAACGCGUAUCACCCGUUAUACCUUUAAUUUCACCAAUUCCAAUCAGGCUGAAGCCUGCUUACUCAAAAGAUGCAGCUAAACAAGACAAGGAAAAUUUUGGAAUACCCAAGCUUGGCAAAUCUCCUCCGAUUCCUUUACGGGAAAACGGAAACGUCACCGUGACCUUAACUCUAAAUAGUCAGGCUGCCGAUGAUAUAAUGGGUGUACUCAAAGAUCUUGCAAAUAUUUUGAACAUAGCACCACCUGCUGGCUAUCAAAUAGUCGAACGCACUUCCACUCCUCCUAGCCAGAAACUAGGAUUAUACAGAACAAAAGGGAAAGAUGGCAAAGAAGGUGCUCCAGUCGAUAUACAAAGUAUCUUGAAUGGUGCGACAAAGUUUUGUCGUCAUUGCGAUAUCGUGGUCUUCAACAAUCUUCUGAUCCGAAAGAAAGUAUCAGAUCUACCGUUUUUCAGCAAAGAAGAAGCCGAACCUGGUGAUGAACUUUGCUUCUGUUCGACGGCUUGCUAUAUGCAAUUUGCUCUCAUUCGAACACCCUCCAAUACUCAGGAUAAGACCAUGUAUUGUCCCCAACACAUUCUAAAAAACGAAAAAGACAAAGAACUGAUUACGCUAUCUGCCUAUCGUCGCGUCUACGUUAAUCGCGAUGAAAAUCGUCAAGUUGCCGCAGUAAUGCACCAUUCUGAGCAUAAUCAUCUGCUUCGCGUGGGUUCCCUCAUCUUCCUCAGCGUCGGCCAACUACUUCCUCAUCAACUGCAGAAUUUCCAUACGCCGAACUACAUUUAUCCAGUGGGCUACAAAAUUGUGCGCUUUUAUUGGAGCAUGCGCAGAGCCAACAAACGUUGUCGCUAUGUUUGUUCGAUCCACGAUGUUUCCGGUCGUCCAGAAUUUCGCGUCCUAAUCCAGGAACCUCAUCAGGAGGAUGUUGAACUGAGAGAUGCUACUCCACGAGCUGUUUGGAGCCGAAUUUUGGAGCCGCUUGCAGAAUUGAGGAGAAGCACGAAUUCUGUUCAAUUGUUUCCGAGAUAUGUUUCGGGAGAGGAUCUAUUUGGUCUGACCGAACCAACAGUGGUACGGGUGUUGGAGAGCUUGCCUGGAAUUGAGACUCUGACUGACUACAGAUUUAAAUACGGUCGUAACCCAUUGUUGGAGUUACCGCUGGCCAUUAAUCCGACCGGAAGCGCGCGAACAGAAGCGCGCCUACGAAACCAAUUGCCAUGGAAGCGUCCGCACACGCAGCGUACAGGAGGAUUUGCGUCGCGCGGGGUACCAUUCGGCUUGUCAACGUGCAGCGUUGCCGCCGCGAUGGGCGGCGGGGUUUCUUCGACGUUGGUAGCGGCCGCUGCUGCGGUCGGCGAGACGGCUUCCUGUCCAUAUUCCAAGCAAUUUGUACACUCUAAAAGCUCUCAAUACAAAAAAAUGAAGCAAGAAUGGCGUAAUAAUGUUUAUUUGGCGAGAUCAAAAAUUCAAGGUUUAGGAUUGUACGCUGCGAGAGAUCUAGAGAAGCACACGAUGGUGAUCGAAUAUAUUGGGGAGAUCAUUAGAACAGAACUGGCAGAGACAAGAGAGAAGCAGUAUGAGGCUAGAAAUCGCGGUAUAUAUAUGUUUCGAUUGGAUGAAGAGCGAGUGGUAGAUGCAACAUUGUGUGGUGGUCUCGCCCGAUACAUCAAUCAUUCUUGCAACCCCAACUGUGUCGCUGAAAUCGUUGAAGUCGAGCGCGAUCUCAGAAUUAUCAUUUUUGCCAAACGCAGAAUCUCACGCGGCGAGGAGUUGGCAUACGAUUACAAGUUUGAUAUCGAAGAUGACCAACAUAAGAUUGCAUGUGCCUGCGGCGCGCCCAAUUGUCGCAAGUGGAUGAACUAAAAAAAUCAGGACCAAAAAACAAGAUAAAAUAAAAAUAAAAAAGACUUAAUCUCUCCACCCUAUCUAUUGUUAUUAUUGUUGCUGCGUUAUAUACAGAAUAGGAAGUUAUAUAGGGCUAGUUUUCCACAUAGGAAAUGAAGAAGAUAGCAAAACAAAUUCUAUGUAUAAAUAUAUAAAUAUGAGAGACGAAAAGUUUAUACAUAUUAUAUAAAUAAACACACACAUAUACACAACAUAAACACAAGAUAAACAACAAAUCGUUGUAAUUUAAUUUAUAAAGUGCCAUCGCGCAAUAAUAUAAUUAAAUCCCGGAUUUAUUAUUAUUCAUUAAUAUUUAAUAAUCCACGAAAAUAUAAUUUAAUAGUUGUGUGUAUAUGUAUAUUGUAUGUGUAUGUGUGUGUGUUGGUGUGUAUUACAUCAUAUUAAAAUUAUAUAAUUUUCUCCUCGGGCUCUACAAAAGUUUGUACAUUCUUUAUUUAUAUUCUUGUACAUAAUUAAAAAAUAUAAUUUUUUUUACUUAGGUCUAACAAGGAAGGAAGUAUAAAACUAAAGAACGAAUUAUAUAACAAUAUAUAACCUAGGUAAAAAAAGAUCUAUAUAAAACAAACUAAAAAAAAGAAGAGAAAUAUAUAUUAUAUAAUAUAAAAAUAUGUGCAUCUCUGUUUUUUGUUAAUUAAGUAACCAACACAUUUUUAUUUUUUAUUUAAGUUAAUCAAUGAUAUAUGCAUAAAUUUAUUCUCAUUCUUUAAAUGUUACACUUAGAGAGAUAAAGAGAUAUGAUGGCGUUUUCUUCUCCUUUUAUAGGAAUAAUCCAAGAUCUAAUUAAGAUUGAUCGAAAAGAAGUCGCUAAUCAGAAUGGUGCUCAUCAGAGAUGCCAUCACAUUCCUCCAAUGUGUUGUACAAUAUAUGUUAUAAUUGUCGUUAUAUAGAAAAAAAGAAUAUCGAGAGAGUGUAAGAAAAAAGGAAAAUGCGUGUAUAUGUGUAUAUGAGGAGAGAGAGAAAAACUUUCUAUCUUUAUGCUUUUGUGACGAAUAAUAUUUUGUUGUAAUAUAUCCUUCAUUG